CAGCAGGAGCUCAGUAGUGUGUAGUCCGAGGACACUCGAGUCUAUUUAAUCGCAUCGCCCGAAGCAUCGCAUACUGGCUCGCCAUCGCUUAUUCUUUACCUCAUGCGUUGACAUGGUGAUCUUAUCUAACAAGCUACAACCAAGCGGCUCGCUCUGUCUCCUCUCCGGCUGAUUAUUAUUACGCGGUCAAUGUUAUUAAGAGUGUAUGCGCUGGCGUUGGUCCCUGCAGCUCAUUUCUCUUCCAGUUGACCACUAGAGGUGGACGCUCUGUCAGGCUGUUUACAGUGGGGAACACUGAGGACGCCUUAAAUAAAGCCUUUAUCUCCGUUACUGACCCACAGAAGGACACUGGCACGAUGUUUGAAACGAGAGGAAUCCCCUUUAUAUUGCUUGACAUCGCAUGCCUAAUACUCGGUGGCAGCAGCCAUUCUUCAACAUUGGAAAUCAGCCCUUGCAUUUGAUUGUUGGACUCCCAUUUGCAAUACUCACAAUACAACAAAAAUCAUUCAAACGAGGAUUUUUCUGUAAUGAUGACUCUAUCAACUACCCAUAUAAAGAAGACACCAUUUCUUAUCAGUUAUUAGGAGGAGUAAUGAUUCCUAUAACUGUGCUUACUAUGAUCAUAGGGGAGUGCCUUUCAGUCUAUCUAAACCGCAUCAAAUCAAAGUCUUUCUGUAACAGUUAUGUGGCCUGUGUCUAUAAGGCCAUUGGCACCUUCUUGUUUGGUGCCGCCAUGAGCCAAUCACUCACUGACAUUGCCAAGUACUCCAUCGGCCGGCUGCGGCCACACUUCCUGGAUGUGUGCAAACCGGACUGGACGCAGAACAACUGCACAGGAGGGGCUUACAUUGAGGACUUCAUCUGCACUGGGGAUCCAGCCAAGGUCAAUGAGGGAAGACUCUCAUUCUACUCGGGACACUCGUCAUUCUCCAUGUACUGUAUGCUGUUCCUGGCACUUUAUCUUCAAGCAAGAAUGCAAGCUGAAUGGGCACGGCUCCUUCGCCCCAUGCUCCAGUUCUUCCUGAUCGCCGCCUCCAUCUAUACAGGACUGUCCCGUGUCUCAGACUAUAAACACCACUGGAGUGAUGUACUCACAGGACUUGUACAAGGAGCCGUCGUGGCUUUACUAGUGGUUUUCUGCGUGUCGGAUUUCUUCAAAAAGAAAGUUGAACCACAGAGAGAGGCAGAGAUCCUACACACCACCUUACAAGAGACGCCUACGAAUGGAAAUCAUUCUGAAAACCCAAACUAAACUAUCACGAGCCUCUGUCGAUGGGAAGGGGUUUCAGCGUGCACCCACUACGAGGGCAGACCACUGCGGUGGAAACCUGUGAAUGUAACCUUGCUUUUGUUCUCCAGAUGCCUCUUUCUGGGGCUCUCUCUAUGGAUGCUGUCCCACGCUGCCUUGGCUGGACUGCUUCUGCUGCUACCACAGCUUCCUCUGUAUCUCCAAAAACUAAUAUAAGUGUACCUCUAUUAUGCCACAAAAGAAAAAACUUUUUUUAUCUGUAUUAAAAAAUAAAAAUCGCCAUAGACUUUUUUUUAAUUUUUAUUAAAAUUGUUAAAACUAUGUACAAAAUGUUGCGCUUUUAUGAUGGAAACAAAAACACAUUAUGCUCGUUGACAAACAAAUAAAACAACUAUGUUUCAUUUAAA